GAGCAGCAGAAGGUCGAAGGUCGAAGGAAGGAGCGCGAGAUUCGAUUUCUGCCGCACUGAAAAGAUAAAAUGUGUCCGGUCGAAUAAUGCGGAGGAGGGCGGAUUAGAGCUCGGGCGAGUUAGUCAGUCAGAAGCGGUGAGCCAUGGCGGUAUUCAUUCAAUCUCGGUGUCUGUUCUCGCAGCAUAAUUCGCUCGUUGAUCUUAAAGUCCCUGCGUCCAGGAACUCCGGCGAUGCUUUAUGGAGCUCUUUGAAAUCCGCAGGUCCUAAAUCCUACUACUCCCCUAGGGCCGUCCCGCUCGCUGCUCCGUGGUCGCUGACUUUGAGCCCAGCGGAGAGAAGAUGCCGUGCAGGAGCUCGGGCAUGUGCAGCCGAGGAAUCCAAGGAGGUCGCAGACAGAAACUCGGACCAGAGGGAUGACUCCAAACAGAAUUGGGAUGUCAGCAGCAAUUGUGUCACGCCCGUGUUCCGGUCACCUCCAAUCAAGUCGCCGAGCUCGGAUUCAGUGGACGACGGUAGGAUUCAAAUUCUUUUUCUCAGCGAAGGCAAUAUUUGUCGUUCGGUGUACGCUGAAGCAAUAUUUUCUGACCUCCUUCGUCAGCACAAAUUGGAGGACCUGGUAAAAUGUUCAUCAAAGGCUGUCAGAGACUACAAUGAAGGAGAAUCUCCAGACCCCCGCGUGGUGCUUGUUGCAGAAGAAUGCGGUCUUCAACUACCGGAAGGGAAAGUCUCCGUAGUGUUCGACUGUGCAAGUGACAUUGUUAACGCAGAUCUUGUUUUAGUCUUCGACAAGUUUAAUGCGUCUGAUGUUCUGAAAGAAGUGACUAUUUAUGAGACUGUUGACAAGACUAGCCGACACACAGGCAAAGUUCGCCGCAUGGGCGAGUUUUGUCAAACAAGAUCUAUUGAAGAUAUAGAAGAUCCUUUAUACGGUAAUAUGGGUGGCGCCGAAGAACUGGAACUUCUGCACGAGGUUCAUGAUCAGAUCCGUGACUCAUGCGAAGGGCUUGUACAAACUUUACUCCAAAUCAAGACCUACUCAGAAGGUUCGGAGUCAUUCAGACAAGGUUUGAGACGCUCGUUAGGGGAUAUGGAAGCUCUGAACUGGCUGGUUCCACCCAUGCUGUCACGUGCAUAGGCAAUCGAACUACUUGUUAAUGAACCUCGAAGAAUACGGAUACUGUUGGUGAACGGGCCAAGCAGAUUUUAGCCUCUUCAAUCAGCAGAGCUUUGUAUAAAUAGAGUUUACAAACACAACUGCAAGAUUCGUAGGACAUUCUUACAGGCCCAAUUAUCAUCGCGAUUGAUGAUGUGAGAAAUCGCGGUGAGAAAUUUUUGCAGAGCAGGUUAAACCUAUGGUGAAAAGUGUUGUAAAUACGUGCAUUGGAUUGAAUCGCAAAAUGCA